UAUCUCGCGUGUUGUAAAUAAAGCAGAGCCGUGGCGCGUGGAUGAGACUUCCAGAAGGAACGGCGUAACGUCCCGAUCCGAGACAAUAACCACAUUAAAGCCAAGUAAAAGUAUUUAUAACGUAAACUAAACGAGGUCGAAGACAUGGCCGAAAGCGACUGGGACACAGUGACCGUCCUGAGGAAGAAGGGGCCGACCGCAGCUCAGGCCAGAUCCAAACAGGCGAUCACUGCGGCCCAGAGGCGUGGAGAAGAGGUGGAGACGUCCAAGAAAUGGUCUGCAGGACAGAAUAAGCAGCAUCUUGUUACAAAGAACACAGCCAAACUGGAUAGAGAGACUGAGGAGCUGCACCAUGAUAGAGUUCCACUUGAAGUGGGGAAAGUUAUUAUGAAAGGGAGACAAGACAAAGGCCUGACUCAGAAAGACUUGGCCACUAAAAUAAAUGAGAAACCCCAGAUUAUUGCAGACUAUGAGGCUGGAAAAGCAAUCCCCAACAACCAGAUUAUGGGCAAAAUAGAAAGAGCGAUUGGGCUCAAACUACGUGGGAGGGAAAUUGGCCAACCUCUAGAGGCAAAACCCAAAAAGAAAUGAACACAAAGCCUCGAAAUCAGCCCUCCCCUCACCCAUUGUUCCUAAUAAUGUCCUUUGAAUCUCAUCCUUACCUUGCCCCUUAUACCUUUACCUGAAUUGCCCCCCUGUCCCCCUUCUGGGCUGAUCACACCAGUGUUAGAACCUGGUGCUUCAUUGUAUACUGGCAAAAUCUCAGUUAUACUUAAAAUGAAUGAUUGAAUGCAUUUUCUGCUUGAAAAGCUUUGUGAAGACUUUUAUUCUUUGCCAUGGGCGUUGGUAUGAUUACUUCAUAUUAAAGGUUACUGUCCAUGAAUCAAUUUCAUGACCACACACUUAAUAUUCUGCCAAAAGUGCUUGAUUGUAUCUCACAAUGGGUGGAUUUUUUUGUGCUUUCAACCAACACAAUAAAGAUAGCAAAU